CGCGGGUGGACAGUGUGAUGCUGUGCGUUAUCUACUGGCUAAAUGAGGGCUGUCUUUCCCAGUUCAGGCAGCAGGACUUCUCCACCCUUCCAGCGAGGAUCUGUAAAUUACACGACAACAGCAGGGCGCCUGUCGGAUCUCCACUGGGCUCUGUGCUGGAUCUCCCACAGCGCUGCCACUGUUGCUGCUGCUGCUCCAUCACCAAACCCUCAACGCCAAAGGGCGAGAAGAAGAUCUGCCCUCCGCCGUGCCAUGUGCAGAACGACAUGUAUGUGUGAUUUCACGCGGUGACCGCGCAGGGGGAAUGGAGCAGUUGUCAUCAAAUUCCUGCAGACGCAGCGACGGUGAUACAUUGAAGGCUGUCGUGUAGAGAGAAGACCUUCAUACGCAGCAGCCAAUCCGAGAGAUAUUGUUAUUUAUUACUGCCAGUGAAAAGGAUCGACAUUCAAGUGUCGCCUUUUAUGUCAACCACAACAAUGGGGGAGCAGCCCAUCUACAGCACACGGGCCCACGUCUUCCAGAUUGAUCCCAACACCAAGAAGAACUGGCUGCCCACCAGCAAGCACGCCGUCACUGUCUCCUACUUCUACGACAGUACGCGCAACGUCUACCGUAUCAUCAGCCUGGAUGGCACCAAGGCAAUAAUCAACAGCACCAUCAGUCCCAACAUGACGUUCACGAAGACCUCUCAGAAGUUUGGCCAAUGGGCUGACAGUCGAGCUAACACUGUCUACGGCCUGGGAUUCUCCACUGAGCAUCAUCUAGCCAAGUUUGCAGAGAAAUUUGCCGAGUACAAAGAAGCAGCGCGGCUCGCUAAAGAGAAGAGUCAAGAAAAGAUGGAGAUGGCCACGUCUCCUUCUCAGGAGUCUCCAGGUGAUCUCUCGUCACCUUUGACCCCGGUGACUCCGCCCAUGGAAAACAUCAAUGGCACAGAUGAAAUCUGUGACACGACUCCCAACUCGGACACCCUUCCAGGACCGGCACAGAACGCACUGGCUUUUGCACACAGCCCCACCAUGACAAAACACUGGGAGGCUGAGCUGGAGGCACUAAAGGGUAAUAAUGCCAAGCUAACAGCAGCUCUGCUGGAGUCCACGGCCAACGUCAAACAGUGGAAACAACAACUGGCUGCCUACCAGGAGGAGGCCGAGAGACUACACAAACGGGUGACGGAGCUUGAGUGCCAGAGCAACCAGACGCCGGUAAUCAAAUCCCAGAAGACAGAACUAAACCAAACCAUAGAGGAACUGGAGACUGCACUAAGGGAUAAAGAAGAGGAAAUGGAAAAGUUGAAAGAGGAAUUGGAAAACAUGAAUGACCUGAUGGAGCAGAAAGACACCCUAACCCAGAAGCUUGAGGAAACGGAGCUGCGCAGUCGGGUGCUGGAGGAGCAGCUGGCGGGGGCUGAGCAGCGGCUGGAGGAGAACCAGGAAGAGCAGGAGAAUUUCAGGAAGAGCCUGCGGACGCUGCUGGAGCUGCUGGACGGCAAGAUCUUUGAGCUGACGGAGCUCAGAGACACCUUGGCUCGGCUCAUAGAGGAGGCUAGCUAGAGAUGGAGCUGCCUAAUCUUCACAGACAGAGCCAUAUGAUAGCCUAAUUUACACCCGGACUCCCCCAUCUCACUCACACUAAUCCCACCCACCAUGUCCCACCUUCCUUCUACACCCCCCACACAGUCAAAACUGAGACGCUACACUGCCCCGAUUCUGAUUUUGCUCCAAAAGGGCAGCUAACUCCCCAUUUUUACCUUGUAGGUGUCAAGCUCCAACCAACCGCAGGAUCUCCUGUAGUUUAAAACAACACAGGGACUACCUCAUCUUGCCGUCUGAUUGGCUGGUGUAGGCAAAACCUUGGUUGAAUCGAUCUCUCCAGUCACAGAGAUGCCUGUCGUGGUACCGUACAACUGGUCUAUCCCACCUCCCCCCAAAAAACCCAGCUUCCCCCUGCACUCACAAAGAGUUAACUUGAGAACUGUGCCUCAGUGCCAUCUGCUGUUUGACUGGGAGAGCUGCAGCACAGCUUGCAGCAUCACAAAUCACAACGUCCCACUCACACAUACCACACAGACACACAUUUUCUUCCUCUCUCUUUUCUCUCCCCCCCACCCCCCACCCCCAAGGGGAAUGUUGAAAGUCAUGUGGAAAUAAUUGCUGUUAAGACUCAGAGAACUGCGCCAAAGCUGCCAAAUCUCCCCAAAAUAUUGUCCUCUAACUAGCAGAUGCUUUGAUCCAAAGUGACUUACUGUACAGAGAAGUGCUCAACAGAGAAACCAUGAGUUCCAUGUUUGGGCUCGGGCUGCCAGCGGAGUGUCACUGGAAACAGAGGAUUAAAGGACAGCUCUCAGCAAACCAGUCAGUCUUACCUAUUGGCCUGACGUGACAUCAGUGUUGCCCCCUCCCCCAGCCUGGACACACGGGGCUGCUGGGAUGUGACCCUGGCUUAUUUAAAAUCCUACAUGAUAAGACGAAUAUUUGAAUCUUCCAGAUGCAUUGUUCAUGCCACACAGAUAUUUUAGAGCGGUUGUGUGUGCCCAUGUUAGAUUUGGACAUGAGAAUUCCUGCAUCCAGACUGCUUCCACCAUCACAGACAAAUGACCUGUCUUCCUGCCAAACUCAGUGUGGUGUGUGUUCCCGAACAAGGCCUGACUUUCGACAUAGCGUGUGCCUUCAAAGCACAUUUACGUGGACACAUGUUUGUAUAUAAAAUGUGUGUGUGUGUGUUUUGUGCUGUGAGAGAAAGACCCUGUUUUAGGACAUCAAGGCCUACACACACACACACACACACACACACUGAGCAAUACCAGACAGGCUCUACACGACACCUCUAAUCUAACUCUAUCAGGUACUCUACUCAGUGGACUCAUGCAGAUAGGUCAAAUGCAACUCAGCUGAUCCCCCUGUCCGACAGAAAGUGAACUACUGUUGACCGCGAACCUGUGUGGCAGCCCUGUCUGGACGAAGUAGUGCAUCGUGAAGGGCUUCUAGAGUGUCAUGUAUGUGUUUGUUAAUCCCCACCCUCAGUGAAGCUGGUCACAGAUUUUCACUCCUCCUUUCGAGUGAAUACAGAACUGUACUCAGUUUCUAUUCUUUUUUUUUUCUUUUUUUACACAGGAUAGAAAACUGAUGAUAUAAUAAUAGAACUGUAAGACACCUUUCUACUCCUGAUGGUAUUGUAAAUGAAUGGAUGGGAAACUCAAAUGCAGUAACACCCUGCCAUGGCUUAUUGUUGUGUAUUAACCAUGGGAAAGUAUUGCGUAGUUGUUUGAGAGUAUCUUGUCUGUAGGUAAACAAUGAAAACCUCUUCAAUAUAUAUUUAAAAUAAGUAACAACACAACGUAAACACAAAUGACCAAAACGUGCACUUAAUAAGGCAACAUCUGUGAUGGCAAAAUACAAAAUCACAUCUGAAAAUCCCUGAAUUUCUAAAAAAAACAUAUAUAUAUAUAUAUAUCUAUAUAUAUUGUCACAUGAAAUGCUGCUUAUCUUACCUUUCAAUUGAGCACCCUGUUUGCACUGUGUUAUUACUCUGUUGUAACUACAUUAUAUAUAUCAAGAGAUUUGCAUUAAACACUAGCACAGCAUAGUCCUGUUCUUAAAGCAUUUUAGUUCUUUAUACAGGUUAAUACACUGGAAUAAGAUCCAUGUAAAGGGAAACGUUACCUUUGUCUUCUUUCUGGUUUAACUUUGACAGUCAAAUGACAGCGAUGGAAUAUCUUGAUAUUAAUGCUAUUGUUAAUGAAUGCCUUUGUACAGUAGUGGAUAAGAAGCUUUUCAUUCUCCUGUUUUGUAACUUAUGGUAUUUAAAUGUAGGUAUUAUUAUUGUAUUUAGAGGUAUGAGAAGACUGGCAAUAUUUUUGACUAUUUAAAGUAAUUUUGAACUCAUGAUAUUAAAGAGGUACCUCAGGCUAAUGAUGUUCAUAGACUGGUGAAACUUGUGUGUUUGCAGGUGGAAGGAUUUACCAAAUGCUGGUGAAAAACGAUCAGGAGUCAACACCAGUUGGUGCUUCAGACAAACAAAAUUCUUUGUCGAAUUCAAACAAAGACAGCCCUACCAGGCUGAGAACACACCUCUGUGAACUGAGAAAUGCUAUGUUUUAUAUUCAAAUACA